UUUUGGUCAGAUAUUUUAAAUAUGCCUGAACUCAAAGAUGUACCUUGGGAAAUAAAGUGUGAAAUAGCAAGAGAUAGGAUUUUGAAGAAACAAACAAAUAGAGCAAACAAAUUUAAUAAAAAGAUAAAACAUACUAGUUUCAACGAAGGAGACAAAGUUCUGUUAAAAAAUAAUUUAACAUCAAAUGCCGGUUAUGGUGAAACAGCUAAACUAUUUAACAUUUAUGAAGGACCUUAUGAAGUAGUAGAAAAAAUUGGUGAAAAUACUUACAGACUGUUCUGCGACUACACAGGGCAUUUUAAAGGACCAUAUCACAUAAAUUUAUUAAAGAAAUAUAUCUAUCCCACACAUUUACAUUGAAAAAUAAUUACCUGUUAAAUUUUAAUACAAACUAAUUUUUUUUUUACAUUUAUUUUUAGAUGUUCAAGAUUAAAAGAAGUAGAAGAGCUGGGAAGCACCGAGACAGAGGAAGAAAGAUGUGGGAGAAACAUAAUGACAGAAGUUUUGCCAUGUUAGUGCAUGAGGCUACAAAAGCAUCAGAAGAAAGAAUAGUUAAAUGUGUUGACCCGAAGAUUUACACUGAAGAAAGAGAAAAGGCAAGAUUAGAACGACAAAAUGUGAUGAAGCAAUUAGAAGAAAAGCAUGAGGCUACAAAGGUGUCAGAAGAAACAAUAGUAAAAUGUGUUGGCCCGAAGAUUUACACUGAAGAAAGAGAAAAGGCAAGAUUGCAACGACAACAUAUGAUGAAGCAAUUAGAAGAAAAUUUGGGGUGGAAGGUAGAAUUUGAACAAUUUGCAGAAAUCAUGGAAAAUGAAGAAAUUAAGACAGCCCAGAAAGUAGUGAACAUGUUAGAAGAAGAACUCAGAAAAAAGAAAGAAGAACUAAAAAAAGGAGAAGAGAAAAAAAUGAAAGAAGACAAGAAGAGAAAAUUGGAAGAGGAAGAGAUGAAAAGAAGGGAAAAGGAGAAGAAAUUGGAAGAAGAGAAGAAAAGAAUGGAAGUUGAAGAACAGAAGAGAAGGUUACAAGGAAAAAUCACAGUGGAAAAGAAGAAGGAAGAACAAGAGAAGGCAGAAAUGAAGAAAGGAGAAGAAGAAGGAAAGAGCAAUUUAAAAAGGAUAGAUGAUGAAGAACUAAGAAUAAUAUUUGAAGAGAUGAUUCUCAAUGUGAAUCUAGUGCACUGGCUUGAGCCACAAAUCAAUGAGUAUAAAUUGAUAAAAAUAGAUGAAGAUGACGACGAAGACAUUUUGGACUUAAGACCAAAUUAUAUGGAAAUAGAGGAGUAA